CUCCCCCACAAAGAUAACGGUACAAGGAGUAUAUAUAUAAAGACGGAGAGUGAGAGGGAAUCUAUUCAUCUGUCUGACACAACAUUCGGAUCUUCACGAGACAUUCUGAUUUCAACAUGCUUCAGUUAGUGGCGAUUUUACUGGUGCUUCCUGCAGCUCUGUGUCUGAACUGUACUGGCAAAGUCGAUGGCAACUACGACAUCGGCUGUCGUUCAUACUCCACGUGCACCGCAGAAGUGUUCCAGAUAGUCAGUUGCACUGACAACCAGGUGUACAACGGCAAGGUCGGCAAGUGUGACAAACCUGAGAAUGUGGCGCCACCCUGUGGAGUGCAGAUCGACUGCAGCGGAAAGAAGGACGGCCACUACGCCGACACCAGCAACAACUGCGACUCCUACUUCACGUGUGCGGCGGGGGCCUUCUUCGGCCACAACCCCUGCCCCGGAGGGACCGUGUUUGACGAGGACAUGCAGACCUGCAACUGGGCCAACGCCGUGAAGCCACCGUGUGGGACAUACACGCCCACAGCUGCAAAACCCACCAAGUAGAUUAUAUACAUGUGUUUCAAUAAUAAACCCAUUUUUCUAU